CCUUACGGCUGAUGGAGCAUUAAGCCUGAAUGCUGUGGGCAGCCAUGGACUCAGAUUCAGAGCAUGCACACAAGUGAGCCAGUGCUGCGUUAGUUCCUCCCCUGGUCUUUGGGAUUCUUGCUCCUUCUGGAUAAUCAGGAAUUUCUUGCUACAACUGGGCAGUUUCUGUUGUUAUUGUGUAGAAGUGGGGGUUCAUUGUUCCUCAGGACAUUACUCUUUAACUGUGGAUACCUAGAACAUGGUAGUGUGGAUACCCUCUCCAAACUAGCCUCAGCUUUUUGGCGCACUAAUUUGGACGACAUUGGAUGGACAUUUUCUGGAUUUGGAUAUUUCUAAAGGAUUCCACGACAAGACACAGUGGAUAAGAUGGUGCCCCUGCAAAAAAGGGAUCAGUUUGACAACUUGGAAAAGCAUACACAGUGGGGGAUCGAGUUUGUGGAAAAGUACACCAAAUUUGUCAAGGAGAGAUCAGAAAUUGAAAUCAGCUAUGCAAAACAGAUUAGGAAUCUAUCAAAGAAAUAUCAGCCCAAGAAGAACUCCAAAGAAGAGGAAGAGAGCAAGUAUACCUUCUGUCGAGCCUUCCUAACAACACUCAAUGAGUUGAAUGAUUAUGCAGGCCAGCACGAGGUUAUAGCUGAGAACUUGACAUCUCUUAUCAUCACCGAACUUACGCGCUACCUGCAGGAACUCAAGACUGAGAGAAAAUCGCACUUCCAUGAUGGGCGUAAGGCACAGCAGCACAUUGAGAGCUCGUGGAAACAGCUGGAAUCAAGUAAAAGACGAUUUGAGAGGGACUGUAAAGAGGCAGACAGAGCGCAGCAAUACUUUGAGAAGAUGGAUGCUGACAUUAACGUGACUAAGGCUGACGUGGAAAAGGCACGGCAGCAAGCCCAAGUGAGGCACCAGAUGGCCUCUGACAGUAAGAGCGACUACUCCUCCUACCUGCAAAAGUUCAACCAGGAGCAGACUGAACAUUACUAUACAAUUAUUCCCAACAUAUUCCAGAAACUUCAAGACAUGGAGGAGAAAAGAAUUGAGAGGCUAUCAGUGUGCAUGAAGACAUUUGCAGAUGUGGACCGCCAAGUGCUGCCCAUCGUUGGGAAAUGUUUAGAUGGCAUGACGAAAGCUGCUGAAUCCAUUGAGCCCAAGACUGACUCAAAGCAGGUGGUGGAGUCCUACAAGUCUGGGUUCGAGCCCCCAGGAGAUGUAGAGUUUGAGGACUAUGGCCAGGCCAUGAAGAGGACGGCAUCUGAAACCAGCCUGUCCAACACCAAAGAGGGCAAAGAGAAGCCUACUGGCAAGAGCAAAGGCAAACUGUGGCCCUUCAUUAAGAACAAGAACAAGCUUAUGUCCCUGUUAACGUCCCCCCACCAGCCCCCACCUGCCCCCCCAGCCUCAUCCCCACCCUCACCCUCUGCUGUUCCCAACGACCCCCAGUCUCCCAAGCAGCACAAGGAGCCCCUCUCCCACCGCCUCAACGACUUCAUGACCUCCAAACCCAAAAUGCACUGCCUCCGGAGCCUGAGGCGAGGGCUUUCUCUCAAGCUGAUCACACUCAAUUCCCACGUCCGGAAUCUCAUUGAGGGUUCUGGACCAGAGGACUUCAGUCAUCUGCCACCAGAGCAGAGGAGGAAGAAGCUGCAGGGCAAGCUCGAUGAGCUGAAUAAAGACAUACAAAAAGAGAUGGACCAGAGGGAUGCUCUUACUAAGAUGAAAGAUGUGUAUGUGAAGAACCCUCAGAUGGGUGACCCAGCCAGUGUGGACCCCCGGCUAGCAGAAAUAAGUCAAAACAUUGAGAAGCUCCAGUUUGAAGUACAGAAAUUUGAGGGCUGGUUAGCAGAGGUGGAGGAGAGGAUGCCGUCUAAGAGUGAUACACACCGGAGAAGCGGACUCUAUGAGACCCAAAAUAGCACAACAGUGAGCAACAACUGUGCACAGGACAGAGAGAGGCCCCUGAGCAGCCCGGAUGGCAGCUACACAGAGGAGCAGAAUUCAGAGGUUCAGGUCAAAGCCCAACCCAACCCCACAACCACCGCUCCGGAGUUCGAUGACGAGUUUGACGAUGAAGAGGUCCUGCCUACCAUCGGCACCUGCAAAGCCUUGUAUCCCUUCGAAGGUCAUAACGAGGGCACUAUCGCCGUGGCCGAGGGUGAGCUGUUAUAUGUCAUAGAAGAAGACAAAGGAGAUGGCUGGACACGAGUGCGGAGGAACGAGGAUGAGGAGGGAUAUGUGCCCACGUCCUACAUUGAAGUCCUUUUGGAAACAAAUGCCAAAGGUGCUAUGACAUACAUUUAACUCUGCAAGUUUAUGCUAUGAUGGUUUUUGUUACCGUGAGUCAGUAAAUUCCCAUUCGUGUGUUAAAUGAGUGGGGCAAGUUACAGAGAUUAAAGAUGCUAGCUCAGACACACACACUUCAUGUUGCUCAAGAAGGAAGGACCAAUCGGAUUUGUCCAUAGCGCCUCAUAACAGUUGGGACAGUUGCUUCUGGUAGCCUGAGCUGACUGUGAGUUGAGCCGGUCAGAUAUGAUGUAUAUGAAGUGUUUGAAGUGAAACCUGCUGUUUUCUCUUCUCUUAUUCACGGCAGUGCCACCUAGUGGUCAUCGAAAAUAAAAUAUGGCACACUCAAAGCUCAUGAUGGCACAAAACAGCUCCUAACAGUGAUCAUCUGUACAUUUCACACAUGCAGUAUUUGAUUUUCUUUUAGAUUUAAAAUGUCAAAUCACAAUAUUUCACUCAAAUCAAGACUUUGGGCCACAAAUGUGAUCAAAGCUGGAAUCUGUAUGGUGAUAAAUCAGCUGAGUGAGUGGAAGCAUCAUGUGAUGAGACAAUGAGCGUCAAGUAAAAGUUAAAUUUUCAAAAGUUAUUGUGUUUUGGUCACGUGAUGUCCCUAAAAAGAAAUAAUGCUCGAUGUGCAAUCAUGCAAAUGUAAUUUAAAUCAGCUGUACAGUAUGAAUAUAUAUUGAGAGAUAUUUUUGUAGGCAAAACUGAAAUAAAGGAAAACAAUCAUGCUGCUGCCCCUCAAGUGUUGCAUGCUCUAGAGAAAUUACAGUGUAUUUACAACAGGAGUUAUUCUCCCGGUGGGGGGUAAUUUUAUAAAUUAUCGUCCAGUUUAGUAACAGUAAUAGCCCCCUUAUAAUGUUUUUUUGUUUUUUUUUAUUCAUCUUUUGAUAAUGAUCAAUUCGGGCUGUUCUGGUUCUUUUUUCCAGGCCAUUGGUAAAAGAAUAAAGGUCUGAGAAUUAGCUGAAUUAAGGUAUAUAUGGCGAGGCUGGGCUGAGAUAUGAAGCUGGUCGUGACUUUAAAGCUCUGUGGUUUAUUGCAUGGUCUCUGAUACAUUUACUCUAAAAGCAUGGCGUGUGUAGCCUCUGCGUCCUUCUGCUUCUCUGUCACAACGAGACAUUCUGCGCUACCAUAUCCUCCACAAAUCAUUUCAGACACACACUUAUUUAACUCUCACUCACCACAAAAUUUACACAUUUUUCCUCUGGCCUCUAGUGCUAUUUUCUUUCUGUGCAACUACAUCCACUAACUGAAAGAAACAUGCAGCUAGCUAACAUUACAGUUUAGCAGAGGGGAGCGCCAUUGAUGUUUACAUCCUGUCACGCUGCCAUUAACAGGAGGCUGUUGCCGCUGGUAGACGGACUUGGUAGCAAGAAAAAAGUUCCUACAUGUAACAAAGUUUUAUAUGUUUUUAAUUAACCGUGUCAAGAUUUUGCUAGCGUUUUGAGGUUCCUGUGUCCUACAGUAUGUCCAAAACUGGGCAGCUCACACCAAAACAAUCGAGAUGGAUAAAUAGCACUACAGGCCGGUGUCCCUUUUAUCAGUUUAAAAGAUUUUGUUACAGGCGCAGAGAUGAGGGUUCUUAUCAACAUCAGAUUUUACACAUAGUGUAAUUCUUACUGAAAUGUGGUGCAUGCUGCAGCAUUUGUGGGAGCUAUAGCAUGUUGUGACAGUGUAGUAACUACGUUCUAACAUGCAUUCAAGACAAAUGCGAAAUAAGGUCAAAGGUUCUUUGGGUCAACGGAGGUCUUCCAACACACAUUUCUUUCAUGGUGAUACCUCAGUGUUGUCAUUUUAAUAUUUAUACAGUGCCCUCUUCUCCAUAUCUGAAUGUUUGGGUUGGUCUUGACUUUUCUUUAACGCUAACUC